AUGCAAGUCGAACAGCAGAUCAAGAGAAAGGCCAACACCAUCCACCGCUCUCGCGCUCAAGGAACGCCUAGUUGGUCGCCCAAUUCGUCCCCAGGACCGGGAGGGCACCGCGGGCAAGAGAAGUCCAAGGCCGUCACCAUUGACUCACGGUUCAAACCAAGGGACCAGAACAAGGACUCUCGUACCGACCCCAGGCCGCAACCGACCGAAGGACGUAGCCGAGACAUAAUAUGCUUCAAGUGCCAAGGUCGAGGCCACUACGCCCGAGAUUGUCCCAAUCCGCGUACCAUGACCAUUACUGCAUCGGGGGAACUUGAAUCCGAGGACGACGACGAACCUUAUGAGCCGAACAACGCUAAGGAGGUCGAGGAAACCAUCGCCGAGCCUGACAAGGGAGAGCUGCUUAUGAUCCGGCGGGUCCUUAAUACUAGCCAGUGUCCGGACGAUACGCACCAGCGGGACAACAUAUUCCACACGCGAUGCACUGUAAGUGGGAAGGUUUGUGGCUUGAUCAUUGAUGGUGGAUCUUGCACCAAUGUGGCAAGUUCCUACAUGGUCAAGAAACUUUCUCUUGGUACCACAAACCAUCCUAAACCCUACAAACUCAAAUGGUUGAAUGACAAGGCCGUGGUCCCAGUCACCGAACAGGUCACGGUCCCGUUUAGUGUAGGCCCCUAUAAAGACCAAGUCUUGUGUGACGUGGUUCCGAUGCAAGCUAGCCACCUCCUUUUGGGGCGUCCUUGGCAGUUUGAUAAGCGGACCUCUCACUGUGGCCACACCAACCAAUACUCCUUUGUGCAUGAUAAUAAGCGUAUUUGCCUAAAACCAUUGAGUCCCACACAAGUUUGUGAGCUGCAAUCGAAAAUGUCUAAGGAACCGAGCACUAAAAUGAACUUCUUGAUUAAUGCUAGCACGGUUAGGAGAUCACUUAGUGACUCCACUUGUCAAGUCUUAUUGAUGGUCUUUAAGGAUGUUGUGAGUAUAGGUACGGAGCAGGACGCCGUCCCGGCCAUGAUCAGACCGCUCCUACGACGGUACCAGGACGUGUUUCCGGAUGAAUUACCGCACGGUCUACCACCACUUCGCGGCAUUGAGCAUCAGAUCGACCUUGUACCCGGAGCCCAGCUCCCGAACCGUCCUGCCUACCGCGUGAAUCCCGAAGAGGCCAAGGAGCUUGAACGCCAAGUAUCCGAACUCAUGGAGCAAGGAUACGUCCGAGAGAGCCUUAGUCCGUGCGCGGUGCCAGUCUUGCUGGUACCUAAGAAGGACGGGACAUGGCGUAUGUGCGUGGAUUGCCGGGCAGUAAACAACAUCACCAUCAAGUACCGCCAUCCCAUUCCGCGCCUAGACGACAUGCUUGAUGAACUCAGCGGUUCCACCAUCUUCUCCAAGAUAGACCUUAAAAGUGGCUAUCAUCAAGUGAGGAUGAAAGAAGGAGAUGAGUGGAAAACCGCGUUCAAAACCAAGCAAGGUUUGUACGAAUGGUUGGUAAUGCCAUUCGGUCUAUCUAAUGCUCCCUCCACCUUUAUGAGACUGAUGAACCAUGUCCUUAGGGUCUAUAUCAAUAAAUUUGUGGUUGUUUACUUUGAUGACAUCCUUGUUUAUAGUAAAUGCCUUGAGGAACAUUUAGAACAUCUGUCCUUGGUCUUGGACACUCUUAGGGAGAACAAACUGUACGCUAACUUUAAGAAAUGCGUGUUUGGAGCUAACGAGCUAGUUUUCCUAGGCUUUGUUGUAAGUGCGCAGGGGCUUAAGGUGGACAAUGACAAGAUCAAGGCCAUUGAGGAGUGGCCGACCCCGACCAAUAUCAGUCAAGUCCGGAGCUUUCACGGCCUGGCCAGUUUCUAUAGGCGGUUCGUACGGGAUUUCAGUUCGGUAGCUGCACCACUUACCGCCACCAUAAAAAAAAGCGUUGAGUUCAAGUGGGGACCGGCCCAAGAAGCAGCCUUCCGCGAGCUCAAGCACCGGCUGACACACGCGCCUCUAUUGGCCUUACCGGAUUUCAGCAAAACCUUUGAAGUGGAGUGCGACGCGUCCGGAGUGGGCAUUGGAGCCGUAUUGACGCAAGGAGGCAAGCCUAUUGCCUACUUCAGUGAGAAGCUCAGCGGACCGACGCUCAAUUACCCAACCUACGACAAGGAGCUGUACGCCUUAGUCCGCGCGAUGGAGACUUGGCAACAUUAUCUAUUGGCCAAGGAGUGCGUCAUUCAUACCGACCAUGAGACGUUGAAGCACUUGCGCGGCCAGACCAACCUGAAGAGGAGGCACGCCAAGUGGCUGGAGUUUAUCGAAACCUUUCCUUACGUCAUCAAGUACAAGAAGGGCAAGGAGAAUGUUGUGGCCGACGCACUUUCACGGCGCCAUACGCUGAUCACCACCAUGGACGCACGGAUCCUCGGGUUUGAGCACAUCAAGGACGCGUAUGGUUUGGACCCGGACUUCGCUGAGUGCUACCAGGAACAUGGUAAAGGAAGCUAUACCAAGUUCCUCGGCCAUUUCUGGAGGACCAUAUGGAGAAAACUCGGAACGCGGCUGUUGUACUCGACCGCGUGCCAUCCGCAGACGGACGGCCAAACAGAGGUGGUUAACCGCACCCUCGGAGCACUACUGCGGACCACCAUCGGCAGUAACAGGAAGACUUGGGUCGAAUGCCUUCCAUUUGUGGAGUUCGCCUACAACCUUGCCACGCACUCGGCCACCCAGAAAUCGCCGUUCGAGAUCGCUUAUGGCUUUAAACCGCUGACUCCUAUGGACGUGUUACCCUUGCCGCCCGGAGAAGUAGUGAACCAAGAUGGCGCGAGCAAGGCCGAGCUUAUCAAACAGUUACAUGCGGAAGUGAAGGCCAACAUAGAGCGGCGUACCGAACACUAUGCGCGGACAGCCAACAAGGGCCGGAAGACCAUGGUUUUCAAGGAAGGCGACUGGGUUUGGUUGCACCUACGGCCAGAACGGUUUCCGCAGAAGAGGAAGGACAAGCUGAGCCCCCGCGGAGAUGGACCUUUCCGAGUCGUCGAGAGGAUCAACGACAAUUCCUACCGCCUUGAACUGCCCGGUGAGUAUUUGACUUCGACCUCAUUCAAUGUUUCUGACUUGGCCCCGUUUGAUGUAGGUACCGAGGAAGAUGUUUUGAGGGCAAAACCUUUCCAAGGGGGAGGGAAUGAUGGAACCCGGGACGAUGACCAGCAUACGGACACGGACGAGGACCGGAGCGCGCAAGGAACCAUGGACGCGACUGCGUCCGGAAGUAAACGGCCCUCAACCCAAGCACCGAACCUGAUGCCCGGAGCUACGACAAGGAGCCGGACCGCAGCUAGGACCGCAAGGAAGAAGUGCCUCAUCUUUGUCCAAGCUUUUGUCCAGGAACAAGCGGAACUCGACCGCGGCCCCAACCGACCCGACGAGCAGCCAACCGAGGCUCUUCUAACGGUCUUCACCAUCUCACAAGGGUGAAGACCUCCAAGUCAUUAGGGAAAGUAGUACUCUUUUUCCCACCUUGGGUUUGUCCCUACG